UGGCCACUUAAUUCUUUACUACUCAGCAACAUAAACAGCUCUCUCCAGCAUGUCUUCAAGAAGCCCAGCUAACUCUUUUCUCUCACUUUGAACAACACAUUCACUUUGUGUUCCUGCCUUUAACCUCCACCCAACAUGGAUGAAAACACCUGUAAACUGCUGGUGAAGCUCGCUCAGGACGGACAGGUAAGCUCUCUGGAGAAACUUAUAUCAUUAGGUGGGUCGGCGGCGGUUCAGACUGUCAGCAGCAAACACUUCGGUCGGUCAGGGGACACCCUGCUGCACUACGCUGCCAGGAAGGGACACCUGGACAUGGUGGAGUAUCUAAUAAAGCGGGUAGGGAUGGAUAUGGAGCUGGACAACAACGACUACAAGAGGCCUCUGCACGAAGCUGCUUCCAUGAGCCACCAGGCCUGUGUCAGCUACCUGCUCCGGGAAGGAGCCAAGGUGGACAGCCUGAAGAAAGCCGACUGGACUCCCCUGAUGAUGGCCUGCACCCGGAGAAACCUGGGCGUGAUCCAGGAGCUGCUGUGCCAUGGCGCCGACCCUGCACUGAAAAACAAGGACGGCUGGAACUCUUUCCACAUCGCCUGCAGGGAGGGCGACCCCCUGGUCGUCCAGCACCUGCUUCAUGUCGCGCCUGACGUCUGGAGGACUGAGAGCAAGACGCGCAGGACUCCGCUGCACACUGCAGCGAUGCACGGCUGUGAGGAGGUUGUCAGGAUCUUGCUGGAGAGAUGUGGCUACGCCCCGGGCUGCACUGACAGCUGUGGAGUCACUCCUUUCAUGGACGCCGUCAGGAGCGGACACAUUUCUGUGGCCCGGCUGCUUCUGGACAAACACCAGGCGUCUCCAACUGCGGCUGACAUUCUCGGGGCUCAGGCGGUGCACCAGGUCGCCGUCACCGGCCAGGAGGAGGCACUGCGGUUCCUGGUGCGGGACUUAAACGUAGACGUGAAUCAGAGGGCCACUAACAUCCAGCUCACUGCCCUGCACUACGCUGCAAAGGAGGGCCACACGUCCACUAUAAAAACUCUGCUGGAGCUUGGGGCAGAUCUUCAUGUUCGGGACCAAAAGGGAAGAACUGCUCUUCACAUGGCCUGCAUCGGGCAGCACGCGGACACCGCCAGGACGCUCCUGCAGCUCGGACUCAAAGACUCAGAGGACGUGUGUGGCUCAACAGCAAUGCAGCAUGCCAGGAAACCAGACGUAGUGCGAGUGUUUGAAUGUGGCUUACCAGACCCGUCAUAACGUAGCGUUAGUGAUACAGGACACAGAUUUGGCGAUUUAAGUAGAGAAAAGAACCUGAAACCUUAUAAGGUGAUUAACGUAUAUUAAACUUGUACUGUGUUGUGUUGUGUAUUUUUGAGUGACAGAAUUUGGGGACUACAAUCUCAUGACUUGAAUUAAAGUGGUGCUUUAGUGUCUCAUAUUUACAUCGGACCUGACUUUCAUGCUCGUGACUUGAAUUAGACUGCUAUAACUUAACAAAGUGUCUCCAAAAAUAACUUUAAAAGUCCAUAAUAGUGUUUGUGCCAAGAGGCCGGCCACUCUGCCACAUGGUAGUAAGUGUCUUGUUUAGAGAAUGCAGUGAGGUGUAGACAUAAUUGGACAAAUUAUAUGCCUGUGUAUGCCACACCUGCCUUUGUAUGAUUUUGUACAAUUGUUGCUAGGAUGUCAGACACAAAACAAACCCUAAGCUUUAAACAUUGGCAACCACCUCUGAUAAUUCUAAAGUCUUUCUUUGCUGGCUGGUGUGUAUUACUUUGCAUUAAAGUG